AUGCUGUCCUGCCGCCUCCAGUGCGCGCUGGCCGCGCUCUCCAUCGUCCUGGCUCUUGGCGGUGUCACCGGCGCGCCCUCGGAUCCCCGACUCCGUCAGUUUCUGCAGAAAUCCCUGGCUGCUGCCGCUGGCAAACAGGAACUGGCCAAGUACUUCUUGGCAGAGCUGCUGUCUGAACCCAACCAGACAGAGAACGAUGCCCUGGAGCCUGAAGAUUUGUCCCAGGCUGCUGAGCAGGAUGAAAUGAGGCUGGAGCUGCAGAGAUCUGCUAACUCAAACCCGGCCAUGGCACCCCGAGAACGCAAAGCUGGCUGCAAGAAUUUCUUCUGGAAGACUUUCACAUCCUGUUAA